AUGUCUCAACCUAUAAGUUCGUCUGUAACGCUUCCAUUAGAAUCUACUUUACGAGAUAUUUAUCCUUUAAUCACUUCACUUCGACCGAAUUGGUCUCCCUCUAAUCUUCGCUUAUAUCAACUGAUUGGUGGUAUUAAUAAUACAGCAUUCGGAAUUUAUAGUGAAUCAGAUCGAUCGGAUACACUUGUGAUUAAAAUAUACGGAUUUAAAACCGAAGAAUUCAUUGAUCGUUAUCAUGAAAAAACCAUUUUAUCAACUCUUGUCAAUCAUGGCCUUGCUCAGCCAGUUCUUCUUCAAUUCACAAAUGGAAUUAUCUACAAAUUUAUCCCCGGUAGUGUUUGUACAGAAAAUUACAUCCGAAAUAUACGCAUUGCUCCAUUGAUCGCACGUCAUUUGGCUAAACUGCAUUCCAUUCCGCUUGAAAAUCAAUAUCACGAACCUUGUCUCAUGCCAUUGAUUAAAAAAUUUGUGAAAUUAAUCAUUACUAAUCACAAACAUUAUCCCGAAGACUUUGUUUCUCUUUGUUCCGAUAUUGAUUGUAUUGAAAAAGACCUUCUACCUUCCAUGUUUCCAAAUCCCCGAUAUGGUAUCGAUUUAGUCUUAUGUCACAAUGACCUUGCUUGUACGAAUAUUCUUUAUAAUGCAUCAUCUCAAACGAUUUCGUUCAUCGAUUUUGAAUAUAGUGCAAUAAAUUAUGCACUUUUUGACAUUGCUAAUCAUUUCGUUGAAUAUGUAGGUGUCGAUCAGAUGAAUUUCGAUCGAUGUCCGACAAGAAAUGAGCAAUACCAUUGGCUGAAGAUAUAUUUUCAAGCACGAAAAUUAAGUUUCGAUGAUCCAGAAAAGACAUACCGACAAAUCGAACAAUUUUCCGCUUUAGCACAUCUGUGCUAUGGUCUAUGGGCGUUUGCACAAGUGGCCUUUGCUACCGUUGAACAUGAAUAUCUAUCAUAUGGUCAGCGUCGACUUAACCGAUACAAGGAAAUGAGAUCAAUGCUAUUCAAUCGAUAA